AUGGGCAUGCUGAGGAAUGGUUUGGCUGGAAAGACGGAGGAGGUGAGCAGCACACGGCCAGAGACGCCCAGCACACUGACGGAGGUGGACAGGGAGGUCAGUCUGGACACAUAUCAGAUCACGCUGGAGGAGGUGCUCACCUGGCUGCUGUCGGCCGAAGACACGCUGCACAUGCAGGACGACGUGUCCGACGACGUGGAGGAGGUCAAAGACCAGUUCCACACACAUGAGGCGUUUAUGAUGGAAUUGACAGCCCACCAGAGCAGCGUGGGUAACGUCUUACAGGCGGGAAACCAGCUGAUCGCUCAAGGCAACCUGAGUGAGGAAGAGGAGGAUGAGAUCCGAGAACAAAUGACACUGCUCAACUCCCGCUGGGAAAACCUGCGGGUCGCCAGCAUGGACCGUCAGUCCAGACUUCAUGAAGUUCUGAUGAACCUUCAGCAACAGCAGCUCCAGCAGCUCUCUGAUUGGCUGACGCAGACGGAGGGGCAGAUCCGUAAGAUGGAGAAAGAGCCAAUAGCAGGAGACAUGGAGGGAUAUCUUCCCCAGAUAGAGGAGCACAAAGUUUUGCAGAAUGAUCUGGAGCUGGAACAGGUUAAGGUGAACUCUCUCACGCACAUGGUUGUGGUCGUGGAUGAGAACAGCGGGGAGAGCGCCACUGCUGCCCUGGAGGAACAACUGCAGUCACUGGGAGAGCGCUGGGCGGCAGUGUGUCGCUGGACGGAGGAACGCUGGAAUAAACUUGAGGAAUUUCAGCUGGUGUGGCAGCGGUUGCUUGAUGACCAGAGUUUAUUUGGAUCAUGGCUAGCAGAUAAGGAGAAGGCCUUGAGUGAAGUUCAGACGAGUGAUUUUAAAGACCCUAGUGAAAUAAAUGCCAGCGUCCGCAGAUUAGCCAGUCUUAAGGAGGAUAUGGCCCAGAAGCGGAGGGCCCUGAGUGCUCUGUCAGAUGCUGGACAGGAUGUGAUGGUGCUGUUAAACAGUCCAGCUGCAGCUCAGAGGAUCGAAGCAGACACAGACCUACUGACCCAACGUUGGGACAACCUGGUCCAAAAACUAGAGGACUGCUCCAGCCAAGUAACCGAAGCGGUGUCCGUGACUGGGAUGCCCCAGAUACAGGAGAGGGUUUUCAUGGAGACAGUCACAACAGUAACAACAUGGAUGGAGCAAACCUUCACCAGCAGUGACCGAGAGCUACCGCCACCUGCCCCACCAAAAAGACGACAUCUUGAUAUCGACGGCGAGCUCAGGAGACUAGCUGAAACUGAUGUUCCCAAGCUUUUGUCUCAGCUGGCUGAAUGGAAGUCAUCUGCCCGAGCUGCUGAAGACCCCCCUGUCCUGAAGGAAAAACUACAGACCCUGGGUAUGGAGCUUGCUGAAAACGAGGGGGCAGUGAAAGAGUUGGUGCAGAAAGGAGAGAAGAUGAUUGAACAGCUGGAGAAAGCAGGUCUGUCUUCAGAGGAGGCCCGUUCUGGCCUGGACUCUGUGCAUAAAGAAUGGGAGAGCUGCCAGAACCUGAUCCAGGAUCUGAGGAACCGAGCUCAAGUUCUAGAGCGAGUGGCAGCGGUUCAAUCAGGACUGAAGGCUGUAAAUGAAUUCUUGCAGGAACAGGAGAAGUGGUUGAUCUCCACAAAAGGGUUUAGAGCCAAGGACAACCAGCAGGAACUCCAGGCACUCAAAGAUGACUGUGAGACUCGAAUAGCAGAGCUGGAAAAGCUUCUGCCGCAGGUGGAAGAUCUCUGUUCUCAGACGGAGCGUCUGGCCGCAGAACCUGGUGCCCCUGAUACCAUGAGGCCCAGUGUGACAGCACUGGCAUCACGCCACAGCACAACUAUUCAAGAGCUCAAGACGCGGCAGCAGGACAUCACUAUAGUUUUGUCCAGGCUGGUGGGGUCCAGAGCGCUGCAGCAGAUGGAGUCCAGACUGAACACGGCCAGCGCUGAUAUCAGAGACAUCACCACAGCUGAACAGGGAGUCGUUAAAGCUCAGGCUCUUUGUGCUGAGAUAGAGCAGCAGCUGGAGGAGGCAGCAGAGCAGCAGGCCUGGACUGAGCUCUCCACCGCCGCCCAGGAUCAGCUCAGCAUGCUGCAGUGCAUUCUGGGUAGCAUGAAGGACACAAAGGUGAAGAGUGAGGAGGUGAAGCGCUGGCUGGAUGCGGUUGAGGAGCUGCUGUCUCGAGACGCCAGCGGCUUCAGUCACGGCGACAAACUACAGGAAGAACUCGACCAGUGCAAGGAGCUGCUGAGUGAGAUGGAGAGCGUGGCCUCGUCUCUGAAGCAGAUAAAGGAGAACGUGGCAGCCGUGCAGCAGAGCUCAGGACCGGGUCUGAUCAGCUGGGGGCAGACGGAGCUGGACGACAGUCAGAGACGCUGGGACACGCUCAGUAAAGAGUUGUUGAGGCGUGAGGAGCGUGUGAGUGAAGGUCAGGAGAAAGUGAUGAAUCUGAAGAAAGACGUGGCGGAGAUGCGCGAGUGGAUGAUUCAAGUGGACGAGGAGUUUCUCAUGAGAGACUUUGAGUACAAGAGCCCAGAGGAGCUGGAGGAGGCGCUGCAGGAUAUGAAGAGGGCUAAAGAGGAUGUGUUACAGAAGGAAGUGCGUGUAAAGAUUUUGAAGGACAGCGUUAAUGUGCUGAUUGGAAAGACGCCCCCUGGUGGUCCUGACCUGAGCCCUGAGCUCACUGAAGUGCUGCAGAACUACCAGAAACUCUGUGAUCGCUUCAAGAGCAAGUGCCACACGCUUGAGGAGGUGUGGUCCUGUUGGAUCGAGCUGCUACAGUAUCUGGAUGCGGAGUCUGGCUGGUUGAACACACUGGAGGAGAAAGUUCAAGCCACUGAAAACCUCCCAGAAAACACAGAGUCUAUCAGCGAGGCUCUGGAGUCUCUGGAGUCGGAUCUGCGUCAUCCGGGUGAUAACAGGACUCAGAUCCGAGAGCUGGCUCAGACUCUCAUAGACGGAGGCAUUCUGGAUGAACUCAUCAGCGAGAAACUGGAGAGCUUCAACUCGCGCUACGAAGAACUGACUCAGCUGGCUGCUGCACGUCAGAUGUCUCUGGAGCAGAAGUUGGGGACUCUGAGAGAGAACGAGACGGCGUUACACACACUACAGACGUCCCUGACACAGCUGGACCAAACACUCACCUCGUACCUCACCGACCGCAUCGACGCCUUCCAGCUGCCUCAGGAAGCUCAGGUCAUUCAGGCCGAGAUCGCGGCCCAUGAGGCCACACUGGAGGAUCUGAGGAGGAGGAAUGUAGGUAACGUGCCUCCGACUGUCCCAGAGGGCAAACCAGUGCGAGGAGGGACCCUACUGGACCAGUUACAGCGGAAACUCCGUGAGAUUAGUACCAAAUUCCAGCUGUUCCAGAAACCAGCCAACUUUGAGCAGCGAAUGCUGGACUGCAAGAGGAUUCUGGAAAACGCUAAAGCCGAACUUCACGUCCUUGACCUGAAAGACACACAACCAGAGGAGAUCCAGACCCACCUGACCGGAUGCAUGAAACUGUAUAAGAUCUUGAGCGAGGUGAAACUGGAGGUGGAGACUGUGAUUAAAACAGGAAGACAGAUCGUACAGAAACAGCAGACGGAAAAUCCUAAAGAAAUGGACGAACAACUCACCGCCCUCAAAUUACUCUACAAUGAGCUGGGAGCUCAGGUGACUGAGGGGAAGCAGGAUUUGGAGAAGGCCAUGUCUCUGUCUCAGCGGCUGCAGAAGGACAGCGCCGCCCUGCAGGCCUGGAUGAGCCACACUGAGACUCAGCUGAAAGAGAAGCUCAGCACAGGAGACAUGCCUGCCGAUAUCGAGACGGAGAUCACAUGGGCUAACGGCGUGUUGAAGGAGUCUGAGCGCAAGAAGAGCGAUCUGUCUGUGGUGAUGGAGAACAGCGCCGCCCUGCAGGCCUUAGUGGAGGGCAGCGAGGCUCAGCUGGAGGAUCAGCUGUUUGAGCUGAAUGAGGACUGGGAGCGUGUGCACACGCUGAUCGAGGACUGGCUCAGUGCUGUUCUGAACAUCUGUGGAAGUCUUAAAAAGGAGGUUUUUGUCAGAUGCUGUAUCUGUAUGCAUGCCGAGAAAGAGAGAAUGAUGAAGGCUGUGCUGUGUGAGUUGGAGGGAAUGAGUGUGCGUGUGGACAGCGCUCGUGAUCAGGCAGUAAUCUUGAUGACCAGCAGGGGGCCUGUGUGCAGAGAGCUGGUGGAGCCCAAACUAGCCGACCUCAACCGCAGCUUCCACAAGGUGGCGCAGCACAUCAGCUCUGCUCAGGUGUCUGCUGGUCUGGAGGUCAGACAGGAGGCAGUGCGGCCGCAGCAGGAGGUGGCAGACGGGAGGUCUGCUCCUCUUCUCUCCUCCUCACAGCUGCAGCUGUUCGAAUCAGACCUACAAGCUACUAUCAGAGGCCUGGAGCAGCAGGAGAAAACACACACACCUGAUGAUGAGAGGUUGGAUGAGGAGAAAGCUCAUGUUGAGGAGGUGCUGAGGAGAGGAGAGGAGGUGCUGCUGUCUGUUCCUGACGAGGACAGAAGAGAAGACAUCCGCAGGAGACUCCUGCUGCUCCAGACAUGCUACAAGGAGCUUCAUAUCAUCAGAACUCAGCCAGUUGUGCUCGAAUCAUCGUCUGUUCCUCUUCAGAGCUCAGAGUCAUCCCUCUCUCCCCAGGAUGAGAGGAGCGCAUCUGUCUCCCCGUCUGACUAUCUGCUGGACAUUAAUAAGGUUCUGCUGGCCAUGGCCGACAAUGAGCUGCUCCUGAACUCCUCAGAGCUCAGCGGAGGCCUGUUUGAGGAUUUCUCCAGCCAGGAGGACACGCUCAGGAAUAUAAAGGAGAGUUUGGGGCGGUUGGGUGAGCAGGUUGAAGUGAUUAAUGAGCGCCAGCCUGAUGUGAUUCUGGAAGCUUCCAGACAGGAGAUGGCACAGUUAUCUGAUGCCCUGACACAGCUGAACUCAGAGUGGGACAGAGUCAACCGCAUGUACAGCCAGAGGAAAGGGUGUUUCGAUGGAGCUGUGGAGGAGUGGAGGCAGUUUCACUGCGAUAUGAACGAUCUCUCGCAGUGGCUGAGUGACACUGAACAGGUCCUGGCUGACGGGAUCGGACCAGACGGAGAACUGGACCUGGACCGCGCUCGUGCACAGCAACAGGUCAGACGCAGGGUCAAAGGUCACAGAUGUUAUUUUGGCUCUCUCUCUCUCUCUCUCUCUCAGGCCUUGACGGAGGAGAUGGAUGGUCAGAAUGAGACGCUGUCAUGGCUAAAUAAAACCGGCUCUCAGAUCUUGUCAAACUCCAGCCUGAGUCCUCAGGACAGAGACACUCAUAUGAAUCAAAUCAGGCAGAUAAACAUCAGCUGGAGUAAAGCGAGUCGUGAGCUGCUGGAUAAGCUGCGUGAGGUGGAGGGUCGUCUGCAGACACGCACACCGCUGCAGGACGAGAGGAGGCUGGCGUCUUACAGCCAGUUCCAGGAGCGCAUGGACAGACUGGGAGACUGGGUUUACAUCAGCAGCCAGUCUCUGAGCGACGUCACACCCGCGGAGAGACAGGUUCUGGAAAUGUCCAUGCGAGAGCAGAAGCGGGAGCUGGAGGAGCUGUUGUCCUUCUCUAUUGAGCUCCAGAGGAAACAGCUGCUUUUACCACAGGAGAAGAGUAAAAUCGAACAGCUGGCUGCAGAUUGGAAAGUUCUGGACGCCAGACUGAAGGAGACGCCACAGCAGCCUCUUUCUCCAUGGACACAACAAGUCUCUCAGCAGCAGUUCACAGCGAGCGUGCCGUCUGCGGUGCACAUGGUCAGUCUGAUGAGCGAGGAGCGGCGUCCCAGUCCAGAGCUGGUGGGCCCCAGCGACCUGCACCAGACGGCCACAGAGCUGGCGGACUGGCUGCUCCUCAUCCACCAGAUGCUCAAAUCCAACAUCGUCACGGUGGGAGACAAAGAGGAGAUCCACACCACCAUCGGCCGCCUGCAGGUGACUAAAGGAGAUCUCGAGCAGAGACAUCCACAGCUGGAAGACAUCAUCACUCUGGCGCAAAACAUCAAGAACAAAACCUCCAACCUCGACGUGCGCACCUCCAUCUCUGAGAAACUGGAGAAGGUCCGCAGCCAAUGGGACGGCACACAGCAUGGCGUGGAGGCGCGGCUUCUGCAGCUGGAAUGCAUGAUUGGCCACAGCGACCAAUGGGAGGAGCAGAGGCACAAGUUGAAGGCUCUGAUUGGUCAAAACGAGAUGCGUCUGCACAACCUGCUGCAGCUGAACCGAGAGCCGCUCACCAAACAGAUCAGUGACAACAAGGCGUUCCUGCAGGAGCUCAGUCGAGGACAGGAGAGCGUGACGUCCUUUAAUGAACUGUCCAAUCAGCUUCUGCAGGAAUAUGCCGCUGACGACACGCGCAAGGUCACAGAGGUCAUGGACAAACUCAACACGGCGUGGAACAGCGUCAAUAACAGGGCUUCGGACCGUCAGGCUGCGUUGGAUUCAGAGCUGAAGUCUCUCCAGGCGUGUCUCCGUGAGCUCGAGUCCUUCCUCAAGUGGCUCCAUGAGGCGGAGACUACAGUCAACGUGUUAUCUGAUGCCGCCCAGAGGGAGGAGCUCUCGCAGGACUCCGCCCACAUCAAAGAGCUGAAGGGGCAGCUUGGGGACAUCCAGGCGGAGAUCGAGGCUCAUAAUGAUGUCUUCAGGAGUGUGGAUGGGAAUAAGAUGAAGAUGGUGAAGGCUCUGGGGAGCUCAGAGGAAGCAGUUUUCCUCCAACAGAGACUGGAUGAUAUGAACCAGCGCUGGAACGACCUGAAGACCAAAUCAGCCAAUAUACGGGCUCAUCUGGAGGCCAGUGCUGAGCGCUGGAACCGGCUUCUGUCAGUCCUGGAGGAGCUGGGCCGCUGGAUCAGUGUGAAGGAUGAGGAGCUGAACAAACAGAUGCCCAUCGGAGGAGACGUGCCCACAGUGCUGCAGCAGCAGACCCACUGCAUGGCUCUGAGGGCGGAGCUUAAGGAGCGUGAGCAUUUAGUUCUCAGCACAUUGGAUCAGGCACAUAUGUUUCUGGCCGACCAGCCGAUCGAAGGACCCGAAGAGCCACGCAAGAACCUGCAACCCAAAACCGAGCUGACCCCGGAGGAGAAGGCCCAGCGGGUGGCUAAGGCGAUUCGUAAGCAGACUGCAGAGGUGGGCGAGCGCUGGGAGAGGCUGAUGGGACACGCGGGAACCUGGCAAGAGCAGGUGGACAGAGCACUGGAUAAACUCCAGGAUCUCCAGAGCUCCAUGGACCAACUGGACCUGCGUCUAGCCCAGGCCGAGGAGCUCAAAACAGGGUGGCAACCGGUGGGAGACCUUCUCAUAGAUUCCCUACAGGAUCACAUCGAGAAAACAACGGUGUUCCGUGAUGAGAUCGCGCCUCUGAAACAGGAUGUCCGAGCUGUGAAUGAUCUGGCAGGUCAGCUGACCCCACUGGAUGUCCAGCUGUCCUCCACCACCAACCGCCAGUUAGACAACCUCAACAUGCGCUGGAAACUACUGCAGGCGGCUGUAGAGGACAGGUUGAAGCUCUUACAGGAAGCACACAGGGAUUUUGGACCCUCCUCUCAACACUUCUUAUCCAUCAUUUUGUCCAUCUCUGUUGUCUUCUGCAGUCAUCAGAGUCAGACGACGUGCUGGGACCAUCCCAAGAUGACCGAGCUCUAUCACUCUCUCUCUGACCUCAACAACGUGCGCUUCUCGGCAUACAGGACGGCUAUGAAGAUCCGCCGGCUACAGAAAGCCCUCUGCUUGGAUCUGCUGGAUCUGAAUGUGGCUCAGUCCAUGUUCCAGCAGCACAAGUUGACGGUGAACUCCCAGCAGCUGACGGUUCCUGAGGUCAUCAACUGCUUGACGUCUGUCUAUGACGGACUGGAGCAGGAACACAAAGACCUGGUCAACGUCCCGCUGUGUGUGGACAUGUGUCUCAACUGGCUGCUCAACGUCUACGACACGGGUCGCAGUGGGAAAAUCCGAGUUCUGUCCUUGAAGAUUGGGCUGCUCUCUCUUUGUAAGGGUCACCUGGAGGAGAAAUACAAAUGUCUGUUUAAUCAGGUGUCAUCGGCGGGCGAUACGUGUGAUCAGAGGCAGUUGGGUCUUCUGCUGCAUGAUGCCAUUCAGAUCCCUCGACAGCUGGGCGAGGUGGCAGCCUUCGGCGGGAGCAACAUCGAGCCCAGCGUCCGCAGCUGCUUCCAGCAUGUGACCAAUAAGGUGGAGCUGGAGCCGAGGCAGUUUAUUGAUUGGAUGAGGCUGGAGCCGCAGUCGAUGGUUUGGCUUCCGGUCCUGCACAGAGUGGCGGCAGCAGAAACGGCCAAACACCAAGCCAAGUGCAAUAUCUGUAAAGAGUUCCCCAUCGUGGGCUUCAGAUACCGCAGUUUGAAGCACUUCAACUAUGACGUUUGCCAGAGUUGUUUCUUCUCUGGUCGCACAGCGAAGGGUCAUAAACUGAACUACCCCAUGGUGGAGUACUGCACACCGACCACCUCAGGAGAAGACAUGCGAGAUUUCACCAAAGUCUUAAAAAACAAGUUCCGCUCAAAGAAGUAUUUCGCCAAGCACCCUCGCCUGGGAUACCUGCCCGUCCAGACGGUCCUCGAAGGAGACAACAUGGAAACGCUAUCUCCAUCGCCACAACUCUCUCAUGACGACACACACUCACGGAUAGGGCAAUACGCCAGCAGGUUGGCACAGAUGGAACGCUCCAAUGGCUCUCUGCCCACCGACAGCAGCUCGGCCACCGGAAGCAUGGACGAGGAACAUGCUUUAAUUCUGCAGUACUGUCAGACUUUGGGAGGGGAGGGCUCAUCCUUCAGCCAGCCCCAAACCCCCGCCCACGUCAGCAGGAGCCCCGCCCAUAACACUCACAGCCCCUCCUACCUGAUCCAGAGCCCCGCCCAGAUCCUGCAGGCUGUGGAGAGGGAGGAGCGAGGAGAGCUGGAGCGAAUCAUAGCGCGACUGGAGGAGGAGCAGCGGACCCUGCAGAGGGAGUAUGAACAGUUGCGCCAGCAGCACGGUCAGCCCGGCGCGGGGGCCGCAGCUGUUGGCGGGGCCCCUGAGGAAGCUGACCUGUUAGCUGAAGCUAAACUCCUGCGACAGCACAAGGGACGGCUGGAGCUGGAUUUUAGGCACUCGGGUUGA